AUGGGAGUAAUAGUGUCCCGCAUUACCCCUUUCCCUCUCAUCCCGUCCCACAUUGUCCCCUUCCCUCUUCGCCCGCCCACACCAGUGCCCAUCCGAGCGUACUAUUCUGACUAUAUGGCGUAUGCCCCUGGGGGAGGGACAGCCCCUGGGGGAGGGACAGCCCCUGGGGGAGGGACAGCCCCUGGGGGAGGGACAGCCCCUGGGGGAGGGACAGCCCCUUGGGGAGGGACAGCCCCUGGGGGAAAUGGGGGGGGUGGAGGCGGAACUGGGAUGGCAGCAGGAGGGGGGAAUGGGGGGGCAGGAGUGGGAGGAGGAGGAGGAGCAGCAGGAGUGGGAGGAGCAGGAGGAGUAGGAGGAGCAGGAGCAGUGGGGUUAGGCAGAAAGGGACAGGAUGUAGGGAAAGAGGGAAAUGCCGCCCAGGCAGCAAAGGGUAGCAACGGAACAGAAGGGAUCAGCAGCAAUGGAACACCAAGGAGCAGCAAUGGAACAGAGAGUAGCAGCAACGGAACCAUUUCUAUCUGUUUCCUCACACAGAACCCCUCCCACGCCCCUCCCAUCAUCAACUCCCUCGAGAUUCUCCCCGUUGACUCAGAAGCUUACGACUCCGCCACCCUCGGCCCAGAUAUUAUCCUCUCGUCUUAUCUCCGGAUCAACAUGGGCGGCGGGCAGGUUGGGCCCGAGCCUCAGGACCCGGGGUUCCGAACCUGGAUUGCGGAUGUGGUUUGGGAGAAGGAGAUGGCUCGGCUCGGGGGAGGUCUGAUGCUCACAGAACCCUUUGCGAACCACAGCCACCUCAACAGCAUGGUUCAACAACAGGAGUACGAGCAUAGAGGGCAGCAUGGGGGGCAGCACGGAGAGCAGCACAAGCAGCACAUGCAGCACAGGCGAGUGCUCACAGGAUUAGAUCCCCAAGGCACAGCCGGAGCAGCAGGGGCAGCAGGGGCAGCAGGGGUAACCGGAGCAACAGGAGCAGCAGGAGCAGCAGGAGCAGCAGGAGCAGCAGGCACACUUCCUCCUCCUCCUCCUCCUUCCCCAGGAGCGCAGAUCACGGGGUUCCGGAUGGCUCUGAUACCAGCGCACGUGUCGAACCUCUGGUACAUGCGCUUCUACUUCGCCGAGAUGAAUGUAACUGCCAAGGUGGGCGACCGGCGGUUUGACAUCCUGCUGGGGAGCGGCCGUCGGGUGGUGGCUCUGGGGAAUAGAGUCGGGCUGCUGGACGGGCGAGGUGGGAAGGGGAGUGGGAGUGCUGGUGCUGGUGCUGGUGCUGGUGCUGCUGGUGGUGCUGCUAACUCGGCAGCAGAAGCAGCAUUAGGAUCGUCAUCGUCAGCAGCAGCGGCAGCAGCGGAAGCAUCGUCGGAUUUCGACAUUCUCUCGCACGUGCCGCCCCGCACGGCCCUCAUCGUCCCCAUCCUCUUCAACUUCUCCCGCUUCUCCCUCGGCCGUUCAGAGGAUCUCGAGGUCCGUGUUAUGCUCAUUUGCUUCCGGGCUGCCUCCGCUUCUCCCACGGCCGCUCAGAGGAUCUCGAGACGUCUCAACACACUUCUUCAACCCCGCACGGCCCUCAUCGUGCCCCUCCUCUUCAACUUCUCCCGCUUCUCCCACGGCCGCUCAGAGGACUUGGAGGUGCGUGUUGCUGGUAAAGCAUCUUUACGUGCUCAUUUGCGUCCGGGCAGCUUCCACUUCUCCCACGGCCGCUCAGAGGACCUCGAGGUAGGCGUGCGCACUGCAGCCAAUAGCACGCUGCCAGCUGUCCUGAGUGCUGUGGAGCUAUUCGAAGUGGUGCCAGUGUCCCUGGAGAAAGAGGAGGAGGAGGGAGAGGAGGGAGGAGAGGAGGUGAAUGUGGUUCAAGAAGAUGAGGCUUGA